UGCGCCCAGGUUUCCUAGUGCCUUUAUGCUAGCCAGCGAGCCUAAUCAAGCCCAUUGUCGCGGCGGCUCAUCCAGCGCACCGGUGGGCUGGCGGAGCCCUGUGCGACACGUGCUGUAGGCCCUCAGCACGCGUGAACAAAGCGGAGUCUGCGCCGACGCCGCCGCAGUAAAUACAGCUCCCGACCUCCUGCAGCCAGUCGCUUCAGACGCCACCGAAGCGACGCCAUGGCCGCGCCCAACGAGUUCUGGUUGUUAACCGUACCGAAAGAAGGCCAGACGCCCGAGGCGACCUUUGAAAAAUUGAGGAGGCACACCGACGGCGCGUCGCAAGGUUACCUCAUACAAGUCCCUUCAUUAACCGUAGGAACGCUCAACUCGCUCAUGUCCCUGAGCGAGGACAUGGACAAGGUCGACGCCUCCAUCGAAAGUGUAGUAAGGAAAGUAGAGAGGCAGUACGCCGAAGUCACUCCAAAGACGAGAGAUCCACUACUAGUGGACGCCGUGCCCGUCGACCGCUACCUACCUAGCUUUGUGUGGGAGCACGCCAAGUAUCCGCAUAGGAGGGCCCUACCGGAACUCGUACAACAUUUGAGGCAGACGGUGUCGGAGACUGAUGAUGAACUUAAACAUCUGGCGUCGACCUACGCUGAUAAAACGCAAAAAUUGCAAGCUUUGAAGCGGUCGUCGGGCAAAGGGAGGGGCUCACUCUCAUUAUCCCCUCUGGAGGAGGUCCUUUCGGCAGACGACGUCGCCAAGGCUAAGGCCAUCGAUACCGAGUACUUAGUGACGGUCGUCGUGGCUGUUCCUAAAGCGAAAGAUCAAGAGUUCCUCAAAACCUACACGGAGAUCGCGCCGGACUGCAUUUCUGGCGAGAACGGCGAGACGUGCUCGCCCGCCGUGCCUGGGAGUGCUGUCAAAUUAGUCUCAGACGGAGAAGCGUCACUCUAUGCUUUAACAUUACUCAAGGGCAGACACGUGUCCGGAGCCUACGAGGGCGACAGCUGGCGGCCGAGUGGCUUCGACGACUUCGUCCCCCGAUACACCACAGCAGCUAGAUCUCUGGGCUUCGUCGUGAGACCCUUCGCGUAUGAUGCGGAGAAAGUAGCAAGAACAUCGGCGGACCGCGCGACCCUCGAACAGGAGUGCGAUCGGUUGCACGCGUCGAUCGUCCGGUGGUGCCGGAGCCACUUCGCGGAGUCAUUUGUCGCGUGGAUUCAUUUGAAGAUCGUGCGGGCCUUCGUCGAGAGUGUUUUGAGAUACGGGCUGCCCGUGGACUUCCUCACUGUAUUACUCGUGCCGCGGAAGUACAAGGAACAGAAGCUCGCCGAGGCGUUGGAUCAGAUGUUCGCGCACCGCCAUACCGUGGGCUUGGUGGACGACGAGGAGGACGACGGCUACCGGCCCUACGUCGUGCAGAAGUGCCACGCGCUGUCGGCGGCGGCGUAGGUUUCGUCUUUGGGGGGGCGCGGUAUAUAUACACUCUGUGAA